CCCCCGGCGCUCCGUAUCGCGUCACUGCGCGGCGCCGGCGCGUGCAGCCGCCAUGGCCGACAUGGAGGAACUGUUCGGCAGCGACGCCGACUCGGAGGCCGAGCAGAAAGACACCGAUUCCGGCUCAGACUCUGACUCUGACCAAGAGAACUUGGGCUCCGGCAGCAACGCCUCGGGCAGUGACAGCGAGCAGGAUGAUGAGCGGGAGGCAGCAAAGCCCAGCAACAAGGAGCUGUUCGGAGACGACAGUGAGGACGAAGGAGCCUCCCAUCACACGGGCAGUGACAACCACUCCGAGAGGUCGUACAAUCGCUCCGAAGCUUCAGGGCACUCUGAGCACGAAGACAACGAUCAGUCGGACGUGGACCAGCACAGCGCUUCAGAAGCUGCUCAUGAUGAUGAGGAGGACGAGCGGGGACACGGGUCUGAUGAGGGCAGUCACCAUUCUGAGGGAGAUGGUUCAGAAAAGGCCCAUUCGGAGGAUGAGAAGUGGGGCAAGGAGGACAAAAGCGAUCAGUCAGACGAUGAGGAGCGACAGCAGAACUCUGAUGAUGAGGAGAGACAGCAGAACUCUGACGAUGAGGAGAAAGCGCAGAACUCUGAUGAAGAUGAGAGGCCUCAGAUGUCUGAUGAUGAGGAGAGGCUCCAGAACUCAGACGAGGAGAAGAUGCAGAACUCUGAUGAUGAGGAGAGGCCGCAGGUGUCGGACGAGGAGAAGAUGCAAAACUCAGACGAUGAUGAAAGAGCCCAGCACUCCGAUGAGGAGAAGAUGCAGAACUCUGACGAUGAUGAAAGGGCCCAGCACUCUGAUGAGGAGGAGCAGGAGCAUAAAUCUGGAGAGUCUGCAAGAGGCAGUGAUAGUGAAGAUGAAGUCUUGCGAAUGAAGCGAAAGAAACCGAUUGCAUCAGAUUCAGAGGUGGACAGUGAUACAGAAGGCCAGAAAGGUAAAGAACACGCAGACGUCAUGGACCUGUUUGGAGGAGCAGAUGACAUUUCUUCAGGGAGCGACGGGGAAGACAAGCCACCAACUCCAGGACAGCCCAUUGAUGAGAAUGGGCUGAGCCAAGAACAGCAGGAGGAAGAGCCUAUUCCAGAGACAAGAAUAGAGGUAGAAAUACCAAAAGUAAACACAGACUUGGGUAACGAUUUGUAUUUUGUGAAGCUGCCCAACUUUCUCAGUGUGGAGCCCAGACCAUUUGAUCCCCAGUAUUAUGAGGAUGAGUUUGAAGAUGAGGAGAUGCUUGAUGAAGAAGGGAGAACGAGAUUAAAACUUAAGGUAGAAAACACAAUACGGUGGCGGAUGCGGCGAGAUGAGGAAGGGAAUGAGAUUAGAGAAAGCAAUGCCCGGAUAGUCAAGUGGUCGGAUGGAAGCAUGUCUCUCCACUUGGGAAAUGAGGUCUUUGAUGUGUACAAGGCACCGCUGCAGGGAGAUCACAACCAUCUGUUUAUCAGACAAGGGACCGGUCUGCAAGGACAGGCUGUUUUCAAGACAAAGUUGACCUUCAGGCCACACUCUACAGACAGUGCCACCCACAGGAAGAUGACUCUGUCUCUGGCAGAUAGGUGUUCAAAGACCCAGAAAAUUCGUAUUUUGCCAAUGGCAGGUCGUGAUCCAGAGUCUCAGCGCACAGAAAUGAUUAAGAAAGAAGAGGAGAGAUUAAGAGCUUCCAUUCGCAGAGAAUCUCAGCAGCGAAGAAUGAGGGAGAAGCAGCACCAGCGUGGUCUGAGUGCAAAUUAUUUAGAACCCGACCGCUAUGAAGAAGAGGAUGAGGGAGAUGAUGCGAUCAGUCUAGCAGCUAUCAAAAACAGAUACAAAGGUGGCAUCAGAGAGGAACGAGCUAGAAUCUACUCUUCAGACAGUGAUGAAGGCUCAGAUGAAGAUAAAACACAAAGACUACUCAAGGCAAAGAAACUUACUAGUGAUGAGGAAGGGGAGCCUUCUGGAAAGAGAAAAGCAGAGGAUGAUGACAAAGCAAGUAAGAAGCAUAAGAAGUAUGUCAUCAGUGAUGAAGAGGAAGAUGAUGACGAUUAACAUUGAGGGAGCACAAAAGUUGCUUUUUAUAUAUACAUAUUUAUAUAUAAAUUGUACAGUUCUCUUACAGCAAAGAUGUAAGUAGCCAUAUUGGGGUUAUUUUGAUAAAGGAAAAUUCCAUUGAAAUUUGUGUUUCUGGUGUGAAUAAAAGUUGGUUUCUUUCUUUUUUACUUUCUCAUAUUUUUACAUCUUAUCUUACUGCAGCAGCAGCUGCAAAGGGGAUCAUCACAGCAUCAGUUUUUAAAUCUUGUACAGUACAUUUCAGUUUUGAAAACUAUAGUACAAACUGGUUGUACAACUGAAUAAAAGUGAAUAAAUUAGUGGUCUUACUGAGUUUAUUAGAAGAAAUCAUAAUCUUCAUAUAGAAUGCUUAAAUUGUAAGUUUUCCCAGACAGGUUAUGGAGGUGAAGGUUACCAUUUGUACAGAAGAUUUGGAGUAACAUAUGAGUGGUACAGUACCAUACUGUUUUUUCCUCACUUUCCUUAUUUACUGCUGGCUGUGGACAUCCUACAUACAUUACUAUGCUGUUAUAUUUUGAUUUUUUUGACUGAAUGUAUUUCUUAUCAUGUCUACUCUGAGUAAACUGAAGUUUCUGUAGUUAGAAUAGUUAAACCAACCACAUAAGAUGUUUAUUUUUUUCAUAAAUUGAACAAAAAUCCAUGUUUUACCUGAGUGUUAGCAUUAAUAACAAUCACAUUAGCGAUGUAAAUGUCGGAAUAGAAGCACUUGUUUAUACAAAACUAAUGAAUUUCUGCAAGUGCAUGAAAGACUUCUUUAACAACCGCAGUGAGCUGCACUGUGAAUACAUACCCUAGUAAUACCAUUUUGUAAUCUCAUACAACCUUAUGAUGCAUUUUCCUGUUGUUACUGGUUGGCUAAAAGACGAUGGAGGAAAAUAUUGUGGACAGAAUCAUUGCUGCUUUUAUGCUAUUUUUAAACACCUUAUUUGAUUAUGCAAAUAGCAUUGCAAAAUGAGAGGCUACAAGAAAUGUCUCAUCUUUUCCACUCUUUAAGAUUAUAUUUCCCACGUGUAGUUUUCCUUGUUGGUGAGAUAGCAUUUCCAUGUUAUCUGUGUUGUUUUUUAACUGGCUUUUGACAGUCCUAGAAAGCUUGCAACUUCACAGAGCCAGCAGGAAGAAAGCAGAAAGCAUAGCUUAAUGCCUCUUUAAAUGCAUUGAGUGGUGCUAUGGAAAGUUUGCUGUGUGGAUUUAUGUUUCGUAAGAUAAAGUAGCUAACAGUUAUGUAAGAAUAAAUGUUAUUCAUCUCUCUCCUGCCCAGAUGAAUUAUGCUUUUCUAUAAGAACUGUUGAGUUACAGCUUUUAACCUGGCUGUCUUGCCUUUGAAAUGUGUAAUUAGGCAAACAGUUUACUGAAGUACUCUACCUCCAUUUUUCCUGCCUGGAAGGUGUGGGAAGCAUUCUAGCUGCAGAGCACUGAGCUCUGCACACGUUAAUAUAUUCUGCUCAGCAGCUGACUGCGGUGUAGACACUUGCAAAUAUGAAAACAAAGUGAAAAAUAUCUACUCUGAAGUCUGAGUGCCUGAGAAACUGUUCUUGUUUUUCUUUUGUAAUUGUUUCUAAGAGUUUCUGCCUCUAUUCCCUGUGCAGAUAAAACCUUUCUCCAUCUGCUUGAAUUUUGACCCUGUAAUCCUCUUAGGUUAGACCUCUGCUGGGAGUCUGGCUCCUCACUUGUGGUUACCUGCUUUUCUGUUGUAACCUGCUCAGAAAUAAGCCAGCUGUAGAAAAAGGGAGUUGUCUCUUAUGCUAUGUGGAUGCUAGACUUUCAUGUCAAAGUCUCCCAGAUACCUCCUAAGCAGCAAAGCAAAGUGUAUGGAAACACACCACCAUUUCACUGCUGAUGUAUUUGCUUAAUGUCAGUUUAAUUAAAGCAUCGGUUAUUUUUACUAUAUUCCGAAGAGUGAAAAUGAUUUAAUCGCUCUUACAGGUUUGAUGCUGACUAAGCCUUUAGUUAGUAAGUGGGCUACUUUAGCUUCCAAAAAUGAGGCUUUUGUGGAUUUAAAAGAUUAAAAGAAGUGGUUUUUUUCUACUGUCUUCUUUUGUAAAUUUCUCUUUCACAGUCUUAUUAAAACAUGGAAUUUUAGAAAGUGUUUUCUCAGCCUAAAUUGGUUUAACAAUCACCUUUUAAUUAAAGUCGCUUGAAUGAACUUUGUCUUAUCCACAGUAUUUGUUGCUUGGGUGUGUAAUGUACAGCUUUGUUUCACCCAGACAGUUUUUUGUUCUCCCUUUUCCCAGCCUCCAAGUAUGUGAGAAUUACUUGGAAUUGUUUUUUUCUUACCCAAAUCAGAAAUCUGAAGCUGAAACUAAAAUGUGUAAGGAGAAGAACAAGUAGAUGAACUGUAUUUACUUUUGUACAAACUGACCAGAGUACUUCUUCCAGAAAGGUUAUGAUUUGAACAAUUUCCAAAAAUCUGUUUGAAGAGCUGAUGAUGAGCUGAGCGUUAGAUUUUCUGGCUAGUGGUAGAAGGUAGGAUAGGUUGUCUUGAGACCAUCACAGAAAGGUGUUCCUAGCUAUAUAGUUUUGUUGUUUCAGGUCUGUUGUUCAACUGUAUACUUGCCAAUUGCUGAACAGGAGUUUUCUUUUUAGCACUGAGUAGCAUUUUCUUCCAUCCUAGCCAUGCAAGUUGACAGUUUUCAUGCUACAGCAAGCCUGAGGGAUCAUGGGCUGCCCUCAGAAGGGUGCAGCUGCCCAUGCAGUUCUUCUCUCUUCCUAGCAGCAGGUUUGGCAAUACCUGAAUGAAUUUGCUAAACACCCAGGAAACUAAUUUUCUGCUGUGCUGGAGUUUUGUGCCAGAUGAUAGGCCAACAGAACUACCUCAUUGGCCAUGUGAACAUGGCAGCCAGCCCAGUAAGUUGGCACAGUCAUGAGGGCAUCAGGGGAUUUGGCAGAAGGAUGCUCUCUUUAGCAGAGGUGUGAACAUUCACUUGACUGUUUUUUGAAAACUUAACAUGACCUGGUAGCAGGUAGUUGAUAGUUUUCUACUGGUGUAGGUGCCUCAGCUGGCACGUUGGUGUGUCGGUUGUGACUGGAGGUGGUGCAAGGGGUAGAACAGGACAGUUCUGUGUGUGGCAGCAAGUUUUAACUCGGCUCAGAUGUGAAGCUGCAGCUACAGGAAUGUGCUAAACAUGAGAUGGUGACUUUCCAAUGAAGUUAUAGGUAUUUAUUUCUCAGCCAGUGCACACAGGAGCCCAGGGUGUCAGCCCAUUCUAGUGGAGUCUUUUCUCUAACAGCUUUAUGCUGGUGGUCAAGCUGAGUGUUACUGAAUGCAUAGAGAUUGUUACAUGGAAAGAAGGAGAAGAUUUUGUUUCUGAUAAAUGUUCUUCUAAUAUUAGUUAUAGAAGUUUUACAUAUUAGAUUUGUGAAAUUUAGCCACGCUGUUGUAACACUGAGACACUUGCCUGUGGCUUGACUUGGAAGUGCUUGUGGAGAGCAGUGUGACUAACACCUCAUGUUGCCUAGUGAUGCCCUUUCACUUGAGCUGGGGUUUUUUAGUGCUUGUCUGGACAUGAAAGACUUACAGAAAAGCUGAAACAAGUGUUGACUGCUAGCUUGUAUCUUUAAUUGCUUUAAAACUCUUGGGCAUUCUGAUGAAUUAUAUAAGCUUAAGUAGUUGAGAAAAUGACAUAAAAUUAAGUAAAUCCCUGCUGAAAUCAUUUUCAGACAGAAUCUGAACCAAAAAAAAAAAAAAAUCCUUUACACAAGACUUUUUUAACAUUUUUUUUUCUAAAGGUAGUUUUUAUGGUUUCAGAACUGUAAUGGACUGAUACUUGGGGGGAAAAAGAGUUAUUAAAGUGGAAACCUAACUAGAAAGUUUUUAUUUGUUGCUUUGUUUUCUCCAUUAUUUCAUGAAGAAAUGAGAGACUGUAGAGCCAGUUUAUGAACAAAAGUAACCUCAUGUCUUUUGAAUUACAAUGAAAUUUUCUGGGAAAGAAUGGCAUUCCUGCAGUUACUGAUAGCCAUGGAAUCAUAUAUACACUGUAUUCUUCAUAUAUUGUAAAUGAAACAUAAAUAAAGUCCUAAAAAACA